CUGUCGGAAAAGAGUUUCUCUCAACUGGGCAGCUUAAAAACACACCAACGUAUACACACAGGAGAGAAGCCUUACUCCUGCUCUUACUGUGGGGAGUGUUUCUCUCAACUGGGCAACUUAAAAACACARAAACGUAUACACACAGGAGAGAAGCCUUUCUCCUGCACUGACUGUGGGAAGAGCUUCAKAACAUCACAAGCUCUGACAGUUCAUCAGAGAGUGCACACUGGAGAGAAGCCUUARUACUGCUKUGAAUGUGGAAAGAGUUUCUCCCAAUUGGAUAUGUUAAAAUGUCACCAACGAAUACAUACAGGAGAGAAGCCUUACUCCUGCUCUGACUGUGGAAAGAGUUUCUCUCAACUGGGCAACUUAGAAGCACACCAACGUAUACACACAGGAGAGAAGCCUUACUCCUGCUCUGACUGUGGGAAGUGCUUCACAACAUCAGCUGAGCUAAAAGUUCACAAAAGAGCACACACGGGAGAGAAGCCUUACACCUGUUCUGACUGUGGAAAGAGUUUCUCCCGAUUGGAUAUGUUAAAAUGUCAUCAGCGAAUACAUACAGGAGAGAAGCCUUAUUCCUGCUCUGACUGUGGAAAAYGUUUCUCCCAYCUGGGKAACUUAGAAGCACACCAACGUAUACACACAGGAGAGAAGCCUUACUCCUGCWCUGACUGCGGGAAGWGUUUCUCCCGAUUGGAUACCUUAAAACGCCACAAAUGUAUACAUAAAGGACAGAAGCCUCAUCAGUUCUCUCAGACCAGCUAAGAAUUAAAGUCACUCCAUCACUUUAAGAUGCACUAUGUAGAAAUCACUUCACCAUUUCCUGGAUGUUAAAAUUGCAAUAGUUCUAAUAGCCUCCAGUUUGUGACAAAACAAGCAGUCAUUGUGUAGUGAAUCAUUGUACCAUCUAAACCGCUGUGAAAUAUAUUUUCCAUAACCAAAAUAUUGUAUUUUCAGCUGUUGUACAAAAACGGAAGUAAAAAACGCAAAAAAUCAAAACUUCAGAACGGGAAGCAUAGAAAUAGUGCACAUAGAACAGAUCUACCAGAAUAUUAGGUAAUACUGGCACAGAACACAAGGGGCGCUAUUUUCAAACCCCACAAUGCCUCCGAAGGUUAGCGAUACUAACCAAUCCCAUAGAGAAUGCUAACGAGGUAUUUUUUCAGAACAGACAUCCCAGCUCAAAGUUAUACAAGCAACAACAAAAUGGUACUCACAGUUCACUGAACGCAAAAAAUAUAUAUAUAUUUUAGACAGCAUCCAGGAGUAGUUAGCUAACUAACUACUAAAUUAGCAAACCAAAUGCACAACUGCAGAGCAUUUAGCACAUUUUAGACUGUUAACUUAAAGGGAUAUUCCUCAUCUCCAGCACCACCCCAACAUCAACAUGUAAAUAUUGCGUGUUUCUGUAGAUUGAGGAAGAUAAGUGUUUCUAAGGACAUCAUCGGUGGGCAUCGUGUGAUUUUUGACCAAUUUAUGAGGAGGCAUUGCCUACUAAUUGGUUGAUGAUGUCAUUUUCACAUGUUGAUGUUUGGUUGGUGCUUCAUUUCCCUUUAAUAGAGUUAGUUAUAAGAUAUUAUAUAUUUGUCACAUAUAUGUACCGACAGGACAGAUGUAGCCUAUUGAAUAUCAUUAUAGAAUAUGCAUUAAAUGCAUCCUCCAAUUGUAAAGUCUGUCUAUGCUCAUACAGGAGACCGUGUUGAGAGCAACAGCAUGAAGAUCACAGAGCAAAGAGGUCUCACCACUGCCAGUUCUCUCAGAACAAUUAAGAUUAGAGUCGUAAAAUAAGUUGUAACAGUAAACUGGAUCAAAUGAAGAAAGCUUAGAACACUCUAUUGUAAUCCUAUUGUUUCUCACUGUGAGCGAACUGUGCAGAGGAAAGGGAGCGUUAUAGAAUGUUAACCUCUUUACUUUACAUAUCACUGUGCACCUUGUCUGUUUUGGUGUGUUUUGUUAGCUUCUACUGUAAAGAUAUUGAGAUGACCUUGGAUUUUCACUUAGUGUUAAAUAUCUUCUGUGAGGCUUCUCAUUUUAAAAUCAAACAGUUUAUAGUUUAACAGUUGARGGGGUGGUACUGCUUCCCUCUCAGCCUGGUCUGACUGUCUGUUGGGAGAGUUUCAACUGGGCAGCUUAAAAACACACCAACUGUAUACACACAGGAGAGAAGCCUUACUCCUGCUCUUUGGAUGGGUGGGCGUAUAACACGAACAUCUAGCAACCCGAAGG